AUGGAUAAUCUGAUAGGUCUCGUGAAUCGGCUUCAGCAGGCGUGCACGGUAUUAGGAGACUAUGGCGUGUCGAGCGCUGAAGACGCGCUGCCGACGCUCUGGGAGCAGCUUCCGUCGGUGGCUGUGGUGGGAGGUCAGAGUUCGGGAAAAUCGUCGGUGCUAGAGAGCAUUGUGGGAAAGGAUUUCCUUCCUCGAGGAUCAGGCAUUGUCACCCGGCGGCCAUUGGUGCUGCAGCUGCACAAGGUGGACUCAUCAUCUGAAUACGCGGAGUUCCUGCACCAGCCGGGCAAGAAGUACACCGACUGGGCUGCUGUAAGAAAGGAGGUUGCAGAUGAAACGGAUCGAAUCACUGGGAAGACCAAGAUGAUCUCUCCUGUCCCCAUCCACCUCAGCAUCUACUCUCCCAAUGUGGUGAAUCUGACCCUGGUGGAUCUGCCCGGACUCACAAAGAUUGCCGUGGAGGGCCAGUCGGAGAGCAUUGUGAGGGACAUUGAGGACAUGGUUCGGCAGUACGUGGAGAAGCCCAACUGUAUCAUCCUGGCUGUAUCUCCCGCCAAUCAAGACAUUGCCACCUCCGAUGCCAUGCGCAUGGCCAGAGAGGUCGACCCUGAGGGCGAGAGGACAUGGGGUGUGCUGACCAAGCUCGACCUCAUGGACAAGGGCACCAACGCUCUUGAUGUGCUAGAGGGGCGCUCGUACAAGCUCAAGUAUCCGUGGGUGGGCGUGGUGAACCGUUCUCAGGCCGAUAUCAACCGCAACGUGGACAUGCUGGCGUCCCGCCGCAAGGAGAGGGAGUACUUCCAAACCUCUGCCGAUUACUCACAUCUCGCCAACCGCAUGGGCACUGAGUACCUCGCAAAGAUGCUCUCUAAGCAUCUGGAGCAAGUGAUUCGCUCCAAGAUUCCGGGCAUCCAGUCGCUCAUCAACAACAACAUCGACGACCUUGAGAAGGAGAUGAACGCGCUGGGCCGGCCCAUUGGGGGCGAAGCCGGGGCCCAGCUGUACACGGUGCUGGAGAUGUGUCGAGCGUUUGACAAGAUAUUCAAGGAGCACCUGGACGGCGGUCGGCCAGGAGGCGACCGAAUCAAUGCGGUGUUUGAGACGAAGCUGCCAGCAGCACUCAACAAGCUUCCCUUUGACAAGCACCUCUCCAUCCAGAAUGUGAGGAGGAUUGUGGCGGAGGCAGACGGGUACCAGCCGCAUCUGAUCGCUCCCGAGGGCGGUUACCGGCGCUUAAUCGAGAGCGCGCUGCUCAUGUUCAAGGGGCCGGCCGAAGCAGUGGUGGACGAGGUGCAUUUCAUUCUCAGAGACCUCGUUCGCAUCUCCGUAGGGGAAACCACCGAGCUGCUCCGGUUUCCCUCGCUCCAGGCUGAGCUGUCAGCUGCUGCCACCCAGUCGCUGGAAAGUUUUCGGGAGAACAGCCGGAAGCUGACCGUGCGAUUGGUGGAGAUGGAGACGAGUUACCUGACCGUGGAGUUUUUUCGGCGGCUGCCCGGGCUGGAGAAUCUGGAGGAUGGGCCGGAUAUGAAGGAUGGGAAGGAUGGGAAGAAGGGGAGUGGGAGUGGCAUUAGUAGCAAGAUCAAGGCGCUGAAGGGCAGUGGGGACAGGCUGCCUACAGGGGCCGAUCGAUACCAGGAAAUGCAUUUCAGGAGAAUUGGCUCCAACGUGUCAACUUAUGUGGGCAUGGUCAUGGAGUGCUUGCAGAACGCCAUCCCCAAAGCUGUGGUGCAUUGCCAGGUCCGGGAGGCAAAGCGGCGGCUGCUGGACAGGUUCUAUGCGAUGGUGGGCAGGGAGGACGGAAAGGCAUUGGCGAAGCUGCUAGAUGAGGAUCCGGACGUGAUGGCUCGGAGGCAGGCCGCAUGGAAGAGACUGGAGCUGCUGCGCAAGGCACGGAAUGAGAUUGACAGUGUUGGAUGGGCCCGAGUUCCGAGCAGCAACGUUCUCGGGGAGUCCAACAAGGGGAACAUUCUUUCGGGCUCCAACGCUGGCGGUGCUGGCGUCGAUGCCGCGGGGAAGCAAGCGCGUCGCGCGCGAUUCUCGGAGAAAUUCGUCGAGGCGCGGACGCGCGAGUUAAUCGACGUGCUGGACAGCCUCCGCACCGCGGGAGAGGCGAAUCUCGAGUCUCUCGCGCUGAGCAACGAAAGCAUCCGGGAGGACGGCGUGGAUUGCGGCGACGACCGACAAUGGCGGUUGAAGGAGGAGGGGAAGGAGCACCGCGUGUUGUACCGCAAGGGUCCUGAGGGCACGCCACUGCACGAGAUCUGCCUCGAAGGAAUCAUCCACGGCCCGCUUGACACGUUGUUGGCUGUGGUGUGGGAAGUCCCGUUUUUCAAGGACUGGUGGCCUCAGUUCAGCGUGCCGCCCUUCAAGGUGCUAGAGUCCAAAUUUGCCCACCGCAUCGCACCGGGCCUAGAGCUCAGCUACCUGCAGUUCAAGUCACCAUGGCCCUUUGCCACGCGAGAGCUGCUCUUUUUCGCCUUCAUGGUUCAGGACACAGCCACGGGCCUCUUUGUGGCCUCCGUGCACUCGCCACCAGACGACAUAUCACACAUGGACCCAGAGACAGCACCUCUGCACCCAUCCGCCAUGCCCGCUGUGGCGCCGGGCUGUGUGCGCAUGACUGUGGGCGGCGGCUUUGCAGGCCAGGACCUGGGGGGCGGCCGCUGCUACUUCCGCGGUGCGUGCACGCUGGACAUGAAGUUCGACCUCAUGCCCCCGUGGCUCAUCAACGCCACCACGCCUUCCCUUGUCGCCUCCCAUGCUACCCCCCUCUCCCCCCCUCCCCCCCACAGCGGAGCAUGCACGCUGGACAUGAAGUUCGACCUCAUGCCCCCGUGGCUCAUCAAUUUCGUUGCCCGGCAGCUAGCCGGCACUGGUUACCACCUGCUCUGUCACGAGGUAGACACAAUCGUCAAAGCCGCGGCCGCUGCUGCUACUGUGAACAAGUGUGAUAAGAAGAAGGGGCGCGGGGCGUUUCAACAGCUCUUAGCCUCUGAUCCGGCGAUUCUAUUUGUACGUGCGCGUGCAGCGGCAGCAGCAGCAGCAGAAGCGGGUCCUUCAGAUCCACAAGGCGAUGCCAAGCAUGAGAAACAUGUCACAAGCAUGACUGCUGCAACUGGGACGAAGAGAGAAGCCUUCAGUUGCUCACCUUCACAGCAGGAUGGUUUCCAAGAGGAGGUGGUGCUGGGUGAUGGGGAGACAGGGAACAAUGCACUCUCAAGCAGUUCUGUUGGGCCGGUCAAGUCUGCCGCUCGGCCUGUCACGGUUACAGGAGAGUCGGGUGGGAGUGACGAAGAUACUGCACUGGGAUGCUUAGACAAUGCCAUGGCGCUAGCAGAAGGCAUCGACCUACUCGAUCAGGCGCUCGAGGAGCCCACGUGGAAGGACCUCGAUAAAGUCACGGCUCUUAUAAGCAAGCAGCUGGACGUGAAAAAUGGGUCAGCAGCAGGAGCAGCGGGAGCAGGUGGAUCGAGCAACAGCGUGGCGGACUAUUGGGCAGCGGAGACCGUUAAGCUCUUGGAGGAUCUUAAGAGUGUCAGCGUGGAGGCUCUCGCUACUACCGAUCCUGCGGACCGCAAUGCGUGGAAGAUGUGCGAGGAGGGUCCGGAGCACCGCGCGAUGCUGCGCAAGGGCCCGGAAGGCACGGCGAUAAACGCGCUGUGCAUGGAGGGGCGCAUCGACAGCCCCGUGCACGCCGCCGUCGCCAUGACGCGCGACGCGGGGUUCUUCAAGGAGUGGUGGCCGCAGGGCGACAUGCCCGUCUACAGAAUCGUCGAGAACCGGUACCUCGCGCGCGUCGGCGACGGCUUCGAUAUCACUUAUAUGAAGUUCAAGGUGCCGUGGCCGUUCCCGUGGCAGGAGUUCGCGAUGAUCUUCUUUACCAUUUACGACUCGGACACGGGCGUUGCCACCACUGUCGUCCGCACGCUUCCAGAGGACAACAGCGAAAUCGACGCAUCCAUUCACGGGUUUUCCCGCGACAUGGCGCCGCCAGUCCCCUCGGGAAUGGUCCGCAUGGCCAUCAACGGCGGAUUCUCCAUCAAAGAUCUCGGCCGUUCACGCUGCCACUUCCGGUCGAUCUUCACCUGCGAUCUGAAGCUCCCGGCCAUGGUGGUUAACUUCGUUACCAAGGAGUUCGGAGGGGUGCUGUUCAAUUUGUUUAGGAAAGAGGUUGAGACGGACUUGGCAGAUGAGGGGCAAAAGGGGGUGGAGUUUAGGAAGGUUCUGAAGGAAGAGAAGCUGUAUGGCCGGAUUGAAGCGGCUAUGGACGAGUACCGGGCAAAGGCGGCCGGAGGAUUGGGGAUGGGUGAAAAUGGGUUGGGAGAGACGGGGGUGGAGGGAGAGGAAGGCGAGGAGGUGGAGGAGGAAAAGAAGGUGCUGGUGGCAACAGCGUCGUUUGUGGAAGGGGCUCCCACGGAGGCGCACAGGUCUGCCAUGGCAGCUGCAUCAGCAGCAGCAGCAACAGCAGCAGCGGCAAGAGUGACUCACACGAAUGGAGGGGAGGAGGAGGAGGAGGAGGAAGAGGUAUUCGAGGACGCAGAGGAUCAGCUGCUGGUUACCCUGGACGAUUCAGAACCUGCUUCGUACCCGCACCAGCAGAAGCACCCUCAUCCUCCCGUUCCUCCUGUGUACGCCCCGUUCUCAUCCCAAGACCCGGCUAUCGCCGCAGCCUUUGCUGCCGCAGCCGCGCUGGCAGGCGCAGGUGGGACUGGUGCAGGUGGUAACCCCGUGGCUGGGUCUGCUAGCUCCGGUGCUGCCGAGCCUGCUCUGACCCCGGACGUGCUCCAAGCCAUGGCAACCCUAGAGCAGGCGCUAGAGUCGCUGCGAGCCCGAACCUCUGCUGCGCUCUCUGCUGCUGCUCACGCCGGCGGACCAGGAGGAGGGAUGUUCCCAGGACAGUAUGGUCACGCCUAUCCUCCUCCCCCCCUCCCUGCCUAUGGUGCUGUGCCCGGGUAUGGGCCAGUGGUGGGGGGGAAGGGUGGGAGGUUUGUGGGUGCUCCUGUGGGGAAUCCUCCGCUGCUGCCGUAUUAUACCGCCCCGUUCCCGCCCAAUGAGAUGCAGCGGUUUGCCGGGCCGGUUCCUGUGGUUGGGAGGAUGGACGGGUAUGGAAGGCUUGAUCCGCGUAUAGUCACAUCCAUCUGGAUCAGCACUACUGCUGACCUUAUUUCCGAACCUCCCGCUCGCCUCGAAACAUGGAAGGCGGAGGGGGGGGUGGCGGAGGCCGUGAGUGGCGCCCGCGGGGGGGCGGCGGCGGAGGCCGCGGACGUGGAGGCGGAAGGAGGGGUGGCGGGGGGGCGUAUGUGGGAGACAGUUGGGGGGAUGGCGCGGGGACAGGCAGAGGGGGAACAGGCGGAGGGGGAAGAGGCGGAAGGGGUGACGGGGACGCGUCAGGCUGGGGUGGCGGAGGGAGAGGGGGGCGGGGCGGAGGCGGCGGAAGGCAUGGGGGAGGGGAUCAGCGCGGCUGGUGGGGGGACGGCGGAGGCGGAAGGCACGGACGGGGAGGCGGCUCCGGAGGAGGAGGAGGAGCCGUUUUUGUCGUAUCUGCCACAGGAUGAGAUUCUGGCAGGUGGAGUAAGCAGGAUGGGAGGUUUGGACGGAAGCUUGGAGGGAGGUUCGGAGGGAGGCUUGGUGGGAGGCUCGGCAGCAGGUCUGGCAGGGGUGGAUUCGGGCGAUACUCAAAAGAUGGUUGAUCGGACGGUGGAGAGGCUUCAAGAGAUGCUGAGAUUGCCAGCUAAGCAGUUCUGGAGAACAGUUGCCCGCUCGCCCUCACUCGUGGCCUUCCUCGACUCGUACCUCCGCUUCCGGUCCCGUUGUCGACUCAAAACUAGGCGCAAACCUCCUUCUCUUUUCCAUCUCCCUUCUUGUUCCCCCACACGCCCUCCAUCCACUCCACCCUCUCCGUCCUACCCAGACCUCCUUCUCUCCAUGCGUCUGUUCGAUGCGCCCAAGCUCAUGGACGUGGCUGCUGUCUUUAGAAUGACAAACUCUGUCUCUUUUCCAUCUGCCCUCCUUCUUCCCCUGCACUUCCCCCUUCCACCUCCACUCCACCCUCUCCGUCCUACCCAGACCUCCUUCUCUCCAUGCGCCUCUUUGAUGCACCCAAGCUCAUGGACGUGGCUGCUGCUGUCUUUGGGAAGGCCACCUGCCUCUCUUACCCUCUCUCCCCUCUUCUACAUCUCUCUCUCCCCUACCACCUCAACCCUCUCUUCCCUUCCCUCAGACCUCCUCCUCUCCAUGCGCCUCUUUGAUGCGCCCAAGCUCAUGGACGUGUGUCGGGUGCUGGUCUCUCAGCCUCUCUUCCGAGCUGAUCUCUCGUCUUCUCUACUUCAACUGCUGCGGGUGGUUGAAGAGAUGGUGACAAGGGCGUGUGGGCGGAUGGAGGAGCCAGCUUCUGCCUCUGAGAUUAUUGAAGCCCUCCAAUACCUCUGUGACUUCGCCUUCUCUCUCGACGCGCUGUUUGAUGCCUACCCGCCUGCCCCGCUACUCCUCCUGCAAGCAACCACAGCAACAACAACGAGAACAGCACCUACAAGGAAAUCGAAACAAGGCACAGCAGCAGCAGCAGCAGCAGCACCAGCAGCAAGUUCUCCUGUGCGGCUUCUCUCUGUGUUGGCUCAAAUUCGCGACUCAUUUCUCCCUCUGCUCCUCCUCCUCGCCUCCUCCAACUCCUCGUUAUCAGCAAAGCGAACACCGAUGCAGUCAGCAGCAACGGUGAAUGUUCAGGGGAAGAUUCUUCAAACGAAGCUGGAGGAAGUUGCGUGGAAGUAUCUCUGGGGCGCGUAUCUUGGAGGAAGGGGGUGUGCUCGUGCUGCUGCUGCUGCUGCUGCUGCUGCUGCUGUUGCUGGUGGUGGUGGUACUGGUGGUGAUAAUACUGCUGGUGGUGAUAGGACUAGCAGGAGCAGGGGUAGCAGAAAUAGAGGCAGCAACAGUGGUAGCAGCAGUGAUGGUUUGCCACCCUGCCCUGUGUGUGAUUGUGGAGUCAAGCCGGGCAGGGGAAAACAAUCUGGGUGCCCGUUGUGGGACGGGCUGCUUGGCCAGAAAAUGAAUUUCGGGCAGGUGCUGCUCGAAGAGAUUCUUGCGGUGCAUGGAGUGAGCUCGGGCAGCACGGGCAGCAAAGAUGUGGAUGGCGUGGCGUGGAUCCCUCUGCUUCGGGCAGUUGAUGCUUCUUUUGGUCUUCGGUCAGCAAUCUAUGAAGAGAAAAUGAAAGGCAAGCUUCCCCUCGACAACACACAGUUCGAUACGAUCUCCGACAUAAUCGGCCCUCCAAUCACCCUGCCACCACCCCUCACUUCUGUUUUCGUUUUGUUUUCUUCCGUCUUUCCUGCAGGCAAGCUUCCCCUGGAUAACACGCAGUUCGAUACGAUCUCGGACAUAAUAGGCCCUCCAAUCACCCUGCCACCACCCCUCACUUCCUCCUCCUCCUCUGACCCAUCCACUACCAGCAACACCACAGCAGCGAACCACCCCCCUUCAGCAGAAGACUUCCCCUCCCUCACUCCCUCCCUCUCUGCCUCCGCUGAUGCUGAGUCAGCAGCCCUCGAGCAAUCCAAGAUCUCGCUCGUGCGAGAUAUUUUCCCGGAUUUCGGGGAGGGCUUUGUGGGUGCGUGUUUGGAGGCGUAUGGGGGGGAUGCAGAGGCGGUGAUUCAGCAUGUACUGGAGGGGAGUUUACACCCGGAUUUAGCUAAGUUAGACACUCAGCUGAAGGUGAAGCCAGGGAAGGCUGGUGCGGGUGGUAAGGGGGAUGCUGCUGCUGCUUCUGGUGCUGUUGGUGCUGCUGGUGCUGUUAGUGCAGCUGGUGGUGGUGCUGCAAGUGGGGCAGCAGGUAAAGGAAAGGGCAAGGCAGUGGUUGCAGAGGGAGGAGAGGAGGACGAGGAGGAUGAGGAAGGGGGUGCAAGGGGGUGGGGAGGGGUUGUGGACCAGCAGAGAGAGGUGGAGAGGAAGCUGAGAGGAGAAGGGUCCAGUGCGGUUGGGGAGGGUGGGAGCUCGUGGGCAGGCAUUGCAAAAACUACCACCACACCCACUACAGCCCCUGCUACAGCCGCUGCUACAGCCGCUGCCUCUGCUGCUGCUCCUGCUGGUAGGUUCGUCCGGAGCAAGAGGGAGGAUGAGUCGGUGGAAGAGGAGGUUUGGAAGCGAGGUUCGGCAGCAGGCACGGGGAGCAGGAGGGAGCAGGAGGCAGUGAAGCGGUUUGUGUUUGAGUCGCAGUUUGAGUACGACGAUGAGUAUGACGACUCAUUUGAUGAGCUGGAAGGGUAUGACGUGGCAGGAGGUGCGGGGAGCAGUGAGGUUGAGGAGGUGGGGACGAGGUUUGCUGCACGCGCUGCUGCUGGUGGUGCUGGUGGUGCUGGUGGUGCUGCUGGUGCUGGUGGUGCUGUUGGUGCUGGUUUGAAGGGGCAGCAGGUGCAGCAGCAGGGGUUGGUGCAAGCACAAGCGCAGUCACAGUCACAGUCACAGCAAGCCCAAGCGCAGGCCCAGGCCCAAGGACCCCAGUUCUAUGUGAAAGACGGCAAGAACUACAGCUACAAGGUUAAGGGCUCCGUGGCCGUCGGAUCGGCGGCACAAGCGGCUGAGAUGAAGCGAAUCGAGGCGGGGCUGAUUCAUGGGCUGGGGGAAGGUGGUAACCGUGCAGCAUGGGGGGGAGCAGAGGAGGAGGAAGAGGUGGAGGAGGAGGAGGAGGAGGAGGAGGAGGAGGAAGAGGGGGAGGGUGGGUCAGGCGGAGGGGGGUUAGGGGCGAGUGGUGGAGGGUUGGGAGGAGGAAGGGGAGGAAUUGGGCCAGGAGGUGGGGGGAGAGGUUGGAGAGGAGGGAGAGGAGGAAGAGGAGGAGGUGGGGGAGGGCGGGGAGGAGGGGGAAGGGGAGGGAGAGCUGGGAGGGGAGGGGGGAGGGGAGGGGGAAGUGGAAGAGGGUGGGGUGGUCAGGAAGGUUCUGGGAGCCGUGGUGAUGGUGCUGCUGCUGCUGCUGGCGGUGGCAGUGGCAGUAGUGGAGGGGGAGGAAGAGGACAGUCAUCUUCUGCAGGUGGAUCCAGGGGAGGUUCAUCUGGUGGCUCUGGGGGAGGUUCUUUCGCCAGGCCCACAGCCGCGUCUACCACUAGUUCUAAACAUGUGUCAUCUGGUGCUGCUGUUGGUGCCGCUGCUAGAGGUGCCGGUGGUGCUGCUGGCUCUGCUGCUGGCAGUGCAGGUGCAGGUGCUGGUGACAUGGGCAAGAAAGAACGGAAACCGUCUCAAAAAGCAGGCCCGGGUUAUGGUGGGUUUCGUGGGGGUCGUUAA